AUGAGUUUAAUAGUCAUUCAAUCUUCACUAAUCAUUUCUUUUUCCAGAAAAUUGGAGAAAACCCGUUCUGUUCGAAAAUUUUUGCUGGGGUGUUUGAAGAAGCAAGUUUUUUGCAUCGAAACACGACCGUUUGUCUCGAAAUUUCCUCAAAUCAGCUUCUGAUCCCUCAAACGCCCCAGCAGAAAUUUCCGAGCACGCUUAACCGCCGUUCCGGAUUUCCUCGAGGUAAAUUGAACCAGUUGUUGAUUUUUAUUGAUUUUUUUUUCAGAAGGUCCGCCCUCGCUGGAUCGAUGGAUUGCGACUUCGACGUUUUCAAGGCUUCGACUCGGAUUGGUAUCAAAUAAAAAUUUUUAAAUGUUGCUUUUUGCGUUGAGGAACGUUUGAAGAUUUGAAUUUUCCGUUUUUUUCAGGUAUUUGCCUAUCGGCUUUCUGAAAAAGACGUUUCUCAACGUGGAAAGUUUUGUGUAAAUUCAAAAAAUUUUUUUCUCUUCUCGAAAGUUCGACUCAAACUUUUAAUCCUUAUUUUCAGGUCUUUUAAUUUUUGACCUCUGGAUGAUAUCGCAUGAGGCACCUACAUAGACUUUUGAAAAAUUCUGUCUAGUUUCACUAGAAGCAACGCGGUCGCGCUGCGGUUCCACAGCCAUUCAAUUUUCUUCAAACUUGAUUUUUUGAACCUUGUUGUUACUGUAAUUUUUGUGAUCUUGUUUCCUACUUUUUUCUUGUCGGUUAGGGAUCAACUUAUCAAGCCGUCAACUAAGAAUCUCCGUUCUCAUAAACUUUUUCUCAUUAGUUUUUUUUCCAUUUUCAAAAAGUCACAGGAAAAGUCAUCCAAUUUUUACCACUUUUUCAGUUCAAAAAUCAACUUUCGACGUGACUCGUUGACCCUUAACCGUUUUUUUUUAAUCAGAAAAAAGGAGUUUCGCAAAAAAACCCCCCAGUUUCGGCUUGAAAUGUUAACAUUAAGUUUAUUAAAACCUUAAAAGAGUUUCAAGUAGCGUUUUUGAACCGUUACGCGACCGCGUUGCACAAAUUUUUUUUGAACAUCCAUUUCAAAGUAUUCAAAUUUUUCUUUCGAACUAUAUUAUUUUUUUAAAUUUUUGUCAUGAACUUUUAGAUUCAAAAACGCCUACCCUUUCAAUUUCCUUCUUUUGCGUUUUAUGCUUUUUCAGUAGUUUUUUUUUUGAGUUUUCAGGUUUAGUUUUAGUUUCAUGCGACAUCAUCUACCUUUCCAGCUUUCUUUUUUUUUAUAUUUCGAGUUGAAAUGAACUUUCUAGAAGAAAAAAAAAUUUUUUGUUCGUCUCUUGUCCGUGGGGUGAAUGUUGCCGGCGUCCUUGGUCGGUGGUGGCGCAGAAAAAAAGACGAGUGCAUCCUCGGCUUUUGUCCGGCCAGAGAGAGCAUCACGAAAAAGGAGAGCUGUAGUCUGGCGUCUCCAAAAAUGCCAUUCUCUCUCGCCGGCUUCAGCCGAGCAUACAUGCGGCUUUUUCUCUGUGGAUUGGGGGUACUGUGGGGCGAGGCUCUUCUUCCCUUCCAAGCUCGUCAAUUCAAACGUGGCGUCCAGUAUAUUGGUUUGUGUACAAACAAAUUUAGCUUUUUUCCAAGUCAUAGUGUUUUUUUUUCAGAUUAGGACUAUAUCCCAUUUUUUUUUUCAGAUUAGGACUAUAUCCUAUAUAUAUCCAAGCUUCUCAUGUUCCGUAUGAAAUCAGUGAUUCAAUAAAAAAAAAUUGUUCCGUUCAGUCUUUUUCAAGGAUUCUCGGCUUUUUUCCAAUUUUUGUAGACAAAACAACUGACAUUUUCAGAGUUCAUACAUUUCACCUCAUAUGUAGAUAAUGAACCUUAGCUUUUAAAGUUUCAUUUCAGGUUUAUAAUUUACUCUUCGUUCAUUUUAAGUAGAUCUCCUCAGCUUCUGGUUUUUCUAGGUAGAUAAAGUGGAUACUCUGAUCGUUGAAUUUUUUUUCUAGCUGGAUAUCUAAUUUUUUAGUUUUUUUGUUUCUCAGGUAUUUAGUCCAAGUUGUCCGUUUUUCAAGCUUCUAUGAGAUAAAGUGUUUUUUAGGUUUCUAAAUAGAUUAACAUAGGUUAUUUUUGUCAAUCAGUAAUUAUCGAUAAAAAGGCGGGAUUUAUUUGUACACAACCUGAUAUGAUUCCCGAGCUCAUGGGAAUGUACUCAGUUUGAUGGUUGGUAUAGUGGUUCGGGAACUGGUUUGGUAAACUCACGACGAAGGUUCGCAUCUUGAUGAAAACUUUUCAUUUCACUUGAUAGUUCAAAUGAUUUUUUUUUCGGGUUGAGUCUUUUGUUCGAAAAUGUUACAUUUCACCACAAUUUCACGGAAUUUCAUUCAAUUUUUUUAAAGUUAGUACUUUUUUUUGACUUUUUAUUGACCACUUUCUGUUUUUGCAACAAAAAAAAUCCGCAAUAAUUUCAUGGGCUCCAAACUUGAUUGCUUCACGGAAAGUCAUAUUUCAAAAACCUUUUAUCGCUUUUUUUUGAUUUCAAACCAAUUAGUUCAAAAAACCAGUCAUUUCGUUGUAAGACUUUUUAUGUGAAAAAGAAUGUACCAGAAAAAAAAAAUCUGAAGCGGACGACUUAAAUGUUCAUGAGCUCAUUGCGUUUUUUUUUCGAAUUUUUUAGGCUUUUUUUUCUUUUAGAAUUCGGACCUUCGUCAAGAGUUUUCCAAGGAAAGAUCUAAAAGCUUGGAGUAUUUUUCACGUCAAGGAUUUUUUUUUCCGAGUGGUUAAAUGGCUACAUUCAACCAAUCAGUAAAUUGUGUACAUUUGCGUGGGUUCGGGCGACACCUGACAUUGUCUUACAAGGUAAUUCCUGCUCCUUUGUUCUAUCACAACUUCCAAGCUUCAUCCUGAGCCAACUUAAGCUCGAACUCUUUCUUUUUGAUCUUCACAUCGUUUGAAAAGAACAUGCAAGCUUGUGUCUUGUUGGAAAAGUGUUCUUGAAUUUUGGACUCUUCAGCUUUUUCAUAGUUCAUCUGCGAGGCUUCUCUUUUGAAUUCAAACUUGAAUUUUGCGCUAUGAUGUCAUUUUAGUUUCAAAUAAUCAACAAAAAAAACUUUGACAUUUUUUAAAGGUUUUUUUUUACGUAAUAGUAAUUUAAAGUUAACAGCUCACUAUCGUCAAUCACUGAAUAAAUGUAAAGUCACAGGUAAUCAUUGAGAACAUUCUUUCUUUUUUCUGGACAGUGAUAUUUUUCAGUCAACUUUUCUUUUCAAAGAGAACUCCUUCAUGUUUUUUUAAACGCUUUCAUUGAUACACAAAAGGAUCAAGUGAUUGACUUUGGUGUAGUUUAAAAAACUUAGAAGCUAAUCUUCGAAAAAAAAGCUUUGCAGAUGAACUUUCAAAUUUUCUGAAAACUUGAAAUUUUUAAUCUUUCGCUGAAAUGCUUGCUGCAGUUCUUCUUAGGUUCAUUAGGUCAAUCAGCACUAGAAUAAUAUUUGUUUUUUUUUUUCUCUCAAACGGACUUCAAAAAUGCGUUCCUUCUGAGUAAACUUGCAAUUUCUGAAAGGUCGAACUGAAAACUUUCAUUUUUUUUUUUCUCACAACUUUUAGAUAGAAGCUUAGAUGCUUGAUGUGAUUGUGUGAAUGGACGGAAGAAGUGCAAAACGUGUUCAGCAAAAACGUAAAGUUUGGAAGACUUUAUUUAAUCAACAAAAAAAAACUUUGAGAGCACCUUUUCAACAUUGCACAAGUACAACAUGCCUUUUCAAAAGAUUUGGCCAUCAAAUAGAACAAGCUUGAGCUCAAGCUCAGGAUGAAGCUUGGAAAUCGUGGUGGAGCAAGAGGAGCAUGAAUAAACUUGUAUGACAUUGUCCAAUGACGAGCUUGGAGGUGAAAGAAGCAUCGCUCCACAGAACCCUCACCAGGCCUCAAGCCACCUACCAUAGACUUGGCCUCGGGCUCCACCGUCCUCCAGAGGGCGGUUGAGUCCGAAGUCAAGGCCUCCGGCUCGGACUCCACAGCCAGCCUGUGGGGUUUGAGGCUGAGGUCUUUGGCUUAGGCCCUUAAGGCCCGGGCUGGAGACUCCGCCUCAGACUCCAGGGGGGCUGUGGUGCUCGAGAUCGGAGUGUCUACCCGGCACCUGAAACCCCAGGUCCGGCAGCGGCUCUGACCCUGCCGGACAAAACCAAGUAAAAAAGGGGGAGGAGAAUACUUUAUUCAAAAUCAUGGUUCAGAGUGUCCGGUUCAAUGCCGCCCUCGGAGUACGACGUCGUCCGGCAUCCAUCCCGGCUUGCGUCUCGACCGGCAUCCAUCCCGUCACAUCACUCGACCUGAAACCCUCCCCAUUAGCCCCUCUGAUUACCUUCCCUUGUGAUCUCGAAACCCUCCAAAUCUGGAGCGUCCUGGGCCCUUUCCUCAAAUGA